AAAUUAUUCCACAUUCAAACGCGCACGCACUUAGUUGGUCGUUAAAUGGGUGAUAAAUUAAAUACAAUAGGAUACUAUAGAUGGCUAGUGUACCUAUUUAGUUUCACGAAUUCAGAAGAAAUUUAGCAAAUUUCGUAAUUAUAGUUUUUUUUAAUCAGAAAGUAUUAAUUUAUUUUUUUUAUUUUAAUUCAGUGAACGGUAUCUGCUUUAAUUAUCUCGUAAUUUUUUAAUUAUACUCUUCGAAAAUGCUGCACUUCAAGUCGGUUCCCGAAGACUACGUCAGGCAGUCUGCCAAAUGCGCCCAAGUGGCCCUAAACUGCAGCCGCGCCGUGCACGCGCCGUCGCCGCGCAGCACCAAGCUGCCUCAACUGGCGACUCUGACACCCAAGGUCCGAGCCUUCGUGGAGCGCAGUGCUGCCCUCUGUCAGCCGGAGCAGGUGCACAUCUGCGACGGGUCCGAGUCGGAGGCCACGGCGCUGCUGAGCCUCAUGCAGCAGCAGCGGACACUGCGCCGUCUGCCGCAGUAUGACAACUGCUACCUAGCCCGCACGGACCCAUCAGACGUGGCUCGCGUAGAGUCCCGUACCUUCAUCUGCUCGGAGCGCGAGCGCGAUGUGGUGCCGUCGGCCAGAGCUGGCCAGAAGUCCGCGCUGGGGAAUUACAUCGAUCCUAGCGACUAUGAGAAGGCGGUGGCUGAGAGAUUCCCGGGCUGUAUGAGAGGUCGCACCAUGUACGUGAUUCCGUUCUCGAUGGGUCCCGUGGGCUCGCCUCUGUCCAAGAUCGGCGUGGAGAUCACCGACUCGCCGUACGUCGUGUACUCCAUGAGAGUGAUGACUAGGAUUGGCAGCAAAGUCCUAGAAGUCCUGCGGAACGACGAGCAGUUCGUGCGCUGCCUGCACGCGGUGGGCGGCAACAACGGAGCGCCCGGCGCGCCCGGCUGGCCCUGCGACCCGCCUCGCACUAUCAUCCUUCACAAACCCAGUGACAACGAGAUCAUCAGUUACGGUAGUGGCUACGGCGGCAACAGCCUCCUGGGCAAGAAGUGCUUCGCUCUCCGCCUCGGCUCCGUCAUCGCGCGCCGCGAGGGCUGGCUGGCUGAGCAUAUGCUGAUCGUCGGCAUCACCGACCCUCAAGGCCGCAAGCGCUACAUCGCGGCCGCGUUCCCCUCGGCCUGCGGGAAGACUAACCUGGCCAUGAUGACGCCGUCGCUCCCCGGCUACAAGGUGGAGUGCGUCGGAGACGAUAUCGCCUGGAUGAGGUUCGAUAAGAACGGCGUCCUGCGGGCCAUUAACCCGGAGAAUGGGUUCUUUGGAGUUGCACCAGGAACGUCCGCAGCGACCAACCCCAUAGCAAUGGCGACAGUAUUCAAGAACACGGUGUUCACGAACGUGGCCGAGACGAAGGAGGGGGGAGUGUGGUGGGAGGGCAUGGGCGCGGCGCCCGAGGGCCUCACCGACUGGAAGGGGCAGCCCUGGGAGCCCAGCAAGGAGACUCCUGCAGCGCACCCCAACUCUAGGUUCUGCACGCCUGCGGCGCAGUGCCCCAUGAUCGACGACGCCUGGGAGAGCCCGGAGGGGGUCCCCAUCUCCGCCAUCUUGCUCGGGGGGCGGCGCCCCGAGGGCGUCCCGCUGGUCGUGGAGGCGCGGGACUGGGAGCAUGGCGUGUUCAUGGGCGCCACCAUGCGAUCGGAGGCCACCGCUGCCGCUGAACACAGCGGCAAGGUGGUGAUGCACGACCCGUUCGCCAUGCGGCCGUUCUUCGGCUACAACUUCGGCGAGUACCUGCAGCACUGGCUGUCCAUGCCGCGAGCUGGCCGCAAGAUGCCCAAGAUCUUCCAUGUCAACUGGUUCAGGAAAGACCAGCAGGGCAAGUUCCUCUGGCCGGGCUUCGGCGAGAACUCCCGCGUGCUAGACUGGGUGCUCCGGCGCUGCGACGGGCAGCCCUGCCACGCGGAGACCCCGCUGGGCCUCGUGCCGGCCCCCGGAGCCCUGCCCGUGAACGGCCUCGGAGACAUCAAUAUGGAGGAGCUGUUUCGUAUUCCGAAAGAUUUCUGGAUCAAGGAGGCGGAUUCCGUAGAAAAGUAUUUCAAGGAAGAAGUGGGCGACGACCUGCCGAAGCAGAUGUGGGAACAGCUGGAAAUCCUCAGGAGGAACAUCCAGCGGUCUUAGACAAGCCAAAGAUUAUCCGUAACGAACGAAAAUAAACCUUAUUCACUGUUGAACAGUGUUCAAAAUCGAUAAAGCUAGACUAAAAA